AUGCAGGAGAACGAGCGAAGCCGAUACGAAAAGGUGGAAGAGGAGGAGGCUGUACUCCGCAACUUGUUUCCCUCGCCACCCUCGCACUACACGAAAUACACGACGCACGACCUCCACCUCCUCGAGCUGCUUCGCGAGCGUGCGGGUGGCGCGGACCUCUCUACGGUAAAGCAGUUUAAGCUGCUCUCAUAUCAGACGGACGUUCCAGAGUGGCCGCUUGCGCAGCUGGAGAAGCCGCGGGUUGACUGGAUAGUGGGGACCGGCAUUAUACGACGGGCUCUCAUGGGAUCAGCGUUGGCAGAUAAAAGAGGGACUACAUCCUUGGCUGAGCUAGGAGGUCACCAGCUAUAUCUGGCUGAUCCGAGUGUCGAUCGCAGACCAGCAUUGAGGUCCAUACUAAGGUCCAUGUUGCAGCAGACAGAAUGGAUCAAUGUUCUCGUACAGAACGUCAUGGCGGCAGCAAACGAUCUGCCACCCGUGUAGGUUAGCCUUUGACUCAGUUUGCAUGCGUUUUUGCUGAGAUAGGCACGGCUAUUCUUAGGCCAGGGGGGGAUCUAGAGCUCGUGAUGAGGAGGCAACUCGAGCAGCGAAGGGAGGAGACGAAGGCAAUCCAUGCAAAGUGUGACACCCUGGAAGCCAAACUGGCGGAUAUGCGC